GCAGGCUUUUACCUCAAGCUCAAACUCUUAACUCACACACACCAACACCCUCUCCCUCUCCCCCUCUAUAAAUUACGUUUUCAUUCCCAUAUUUACAUUCCUUUAUUUUCUACAACCCCUUAAUAAAACUAUAAUUUUUAUGAGUUUUUUACCUUUCCUUUUUUGUGGUUUCAUGCUCUCUCUCUCCGCACAAAGCUCAUAUACAAUACAGCACUACUACACAUGUAUCAGUUGACAAGAAUUGUUGAGGGAUAGAAGGGUAGUGGGAAAGAAGAUUUGAGUGGUCUUUGAAGGGUGAUAGAUUGGAUAAUUGAGGGAAAAGAAGAAGAUGAGGAUUGUGAGGACCGUUGAUUCUUCUGAAUGCCCAAGUUUGUGUGGAUUCUUGGUUGUGGAAGCUUAUCCCAAAAGGUAUUCUUCCAAGAUCCCCUCUGAUUUGGUCCUUUUCUUGGGCCUUGGCUUCAUAGAUUGGUAAUAUUGUCACAACUGGUAUUUUCUAUAUAUCCACGCAAUAGAGAUAUAGGAAUAUUGGAGUUUUAGCUACAAAGUUUGUGGUUUUUUUGUUUCAUAUUUACUGAAUAAAUAGCAGGAGGGGAUACAGAUUUUGUGCUUCUUUCUUUUAGGAAAAUUCCCAUUUGCGACUUAUGGAUUUGAUGGGUCUGAUUCAAUGUCUGCCACCUGCCUUUGGAGGGUUCAAGGAGAUUCUUGGGUUUGGGGUAGAUGUAGUCUUCAUCUGACUUUUUCUUGUUUCUCUUAUUUUUAGUUUAGGGUAUAGAUCUUAUUGCUUUUAGUUUCUUUGGAUUAGGUUUGCUUCUUUCUUGUUCGUGGUGUUCUUCAUCAUCUUUGUUCCUGUUUCUGUUUUAAUAGUUUGGGGAAAACAAUUGGGGUAUAUGAAUUUUGAUUUUUUCUCCUGGGGUUUGGGAUUUAGCUUAAUCUGUGUGAAUUGUGGAAAAGUACUUUAGAGAUGAAUAAGUUUAGGGCUUUAAUGGAGGUGGGAGUUUGCAGCUGGGAUUGACAUGUUGGAGUUGAUUAUAAAGAUUGGUUCUCUCUCAAAAUGGUAAUUGGGGUGAAAUUAACUGGCCCGACGUCGGAAAUUACCCUCAGAAGAAGGGGUACUUUUUGAGAUGGGAGAUACUCUUCUGACUGCUCUGUCAAUGGAGAAUCAUCACCCUUCAACCAUCUUGUCCAUGGAUUCCAGUGCCUCAUCCUCACACGAAGAAAUAGACCUCGAGAUGAAUCGCCAAGUUAUUUUGACGCGUCCACCAGAUAUCAAUCUACCCCUUUCAGCCGAACGAAGCCCUCCUCCACAGCCUUGGAGCACGGAACAUUGUGAUAUUCUUGAUGUUGGACUGGGUACUCAAAUAUACGAGACAGAAAGUUUUCUUAGUGUUCCCAAGGUUGGAAGAAAAUGCGCGAAAAGGAUUGAUAGCAUCUGGGGUGCUUGGUUCUUCUUCAGCUUUUACUUUAAGCCAGUUCUAAAUGAGAAAUCAAAGGCAAAAAUAAUACGUGAUAGUAAUGGAGUUUCUGGGUUUGAUAAAUCUGACCUGCAGCUUGACACGUUCAUGGUUCAACAUGAUAUGGAGAAUAUGUACAUGUGGGUUUUCAAGGAAAGGCCGGAGAAUGCUCUCGGUAAGAUGCAGCUCCGGAGUUAUAUGAAUGGGCAUUCUCGUCAAGGAGAGCGUCCCUUCCCUUUCAGCGUCGAUAAAGGCUUUGUUCGUUCUCACAGAAUGCAGCGGAAACAUUACAGGGGACUCUCGAACCCUCAGUGUGUUCAUGGAAUUGAAGUGGUUCCAUCCCCCAAUCUUAUGGGUCUGGAUGAAGAUGAUAGAAAAAGAUGGACAGAACUCACUGGGAGGGACCUGAACUUCACCAUUCCACCUGAAGCUAGUGAUUAUAGUUCAUGGAGAAAUCUGCCAAACACUGAGUUUGAACUUGAAAGGCCGCCACCUCCAGUGAAGGGUAAUCCACAUUCCCACUCGAAGAAGUUGCUCAAUGGAUCUGUGCUGAAUCUAUCGACUCAGCUGACCAAUCAUAGCAAUGGGGAUGUGCUGGAUCUAUCUCCUGUCAGCAACAAAAGGAAGAAAGAUUUCUUCUCACAGGGGAAUGAGGAUGACUGUUGUUUGGCGGUGAAUGCUCCUGAUCGAGUCCCUGAUUUGGAAGUUCACCCAAAUGAGCCACACUGGUUGAACGAAUUCAAUGGGGUGCUGAGGAACGUUUAUGGUCCUGUUACUGCUGCCAAAACAAUCUAUGAAGACAAUGAAGGUUAUCUGAUUGUAAUCAGCUUGCCAUUUGUAGAUCUUCAGAGGGUGAAAGUUUCCUGGAGGAAUACUCUCACGCACGGGAUCAUCAAGGUAUCUUGCAUAAGUACAUCUGGGACACCAUUUAUUAAGCGACACAACAGGACUUUUAAGCUUACAGAUCCGUCUCCAGAGCACUGCCCACCAGGAGAAUUUGUCCGAGAGAUCCCCCUCUCAACACGCAUCCCUGAAGAUGCUAAGAUAGAAGCAUAUUAUGAUGGCCCAGGGACAGUGCUGGAGAUAUUGGUGCCUAAAUUGCGAGAGGGACCGGAAGAACAUGAAGUUCGCGUGUGUCUUCGUCCUCACCAUGGGGGUAACGAUCUUAUGUUGACCUAAAUAGACUUGGUGAAAUGCAAGAUGGUUGUUAUGGAUGGUUUUUCGUUGCUCACUGACAUUUGUGCCUCACGGAAUUUGCAUGUGGCAUUGUUGUGUUGUACUUUAGAAAAGCUCUGAAGUGCUGUGGUUUUUGGCUCCCAUGCAUCUCACUAGCUUUAGUUGUAACAGUUAUAUGUCCAUGGAAACUAUAUUUGAAUUAUCAGUUGAUUGGCCUCUUUCAAUUUCUUUUA